CUGAUAGACGGCACUGACUGGCAUCACUGCUGGGCACUGACUGGCGGCACUGACUGGCACAACCGCUGGGCACUGACUGGUGGCACUGACUGGCAGCACUGCUGGGCUGCACUGGUGGGUGGCACUGGUGGGCAGCACUGGUGGGUGGGCACAGGUGGGUGGCACUGGUGGGCACAGGUGGGCGGAACUUGCGGGUGGCACUGCUGGGCACCGAUCAUCAGGGCACUGAUCAUCAGUGCCCUGAUGAUCGGUGCCGAUCCCCGCUCUGACAACUGCCGGUUCUCGGCAGUACUCUCCUCACGAUCUGACAGCGUGAGGAAAGUGCAGCCGAGAACCGGCACUUGC